GUGAAACGGCUGCUUUAGUAUCAACUGAUUACACUUUCUGCGUUUGGUGCUAAAUUAAUAUAAAUCCACAAAAAAUGACAGAGGAAGCCGAUUUUAGCGAGCAAAUCGCCGAUGGGAAAAACAAAUCUAACGUGCGCUGCCAGUUCUGCAACAGUUUGAUGCUGAAAGCCCAGGAGGGCAUCUACAACCAGGAGGAGGUGGAUGUGCCACUGAUGAUGCAGAAGCAGGACCGAACGGCGGACAGCCUGAACAGCGAGCCACUGAAGGACUUCUGGCUGGUCAAGGACAUGAUGACGUUCGAGAACAUCGGCUUCUCCAACACGCUGGACGGCAGGAAGUUCCUGGUUUGUGCGGACUGCGAGCGAGGACCCGUGGGCUACCAUGAUCUGAGCACCCGCCACUGCUUCCUGGCCCUCAAAAGGGUGGUCCACAAGGACACCUAGCUGCCCCAUUGCUAAACACUUACGUCCAGUCUCUUGCAAUCCAUUUUAUUCGCUUAUCUUUAAUUUUUUACUUCCAUGACACGGAAUAUGAGCGAUUUUCAUUCGAUUUGGGUAGGGCUUUUUAGUAAUUCCAUAAAGAUUCACUAUUUUUUACACUCUCAUUGUCUUGUUAGCUAAAGUUUCUAUGCGCUUACUAAAGAUUCCAAACGAAUUCGCAAAAAAGCCGUGAAAUUGAAAGCCUAGUUUGUCGAGUUUAGAUUUAAGCGAAAUAAAACGCUUUAACGUGUCUGGUUACCAAAUGAAUUUGCAAGCUUUUUC